ACAACAACAAGCACGUGCCCCAGUUAGGCCUUGUUCGAUUAUAUUUCUGAGAGUUGUCUUUACUUGCUAUGUGGAGUCCACAUUGUGGACGUUGAUGAAAAAUGUCCCUUAAUGACGAGAGAUCAAGAAAGAGAAGAAAAACAAACCACGAAACAUGCGAAGAGAACAACACAGCUUUUGACAUGGAUUCCAAAAAACAAAGCUAUCUCGGCCGUAUUUUGGAAACGGCAUGCAACCUUUUCAAUAAUGAAGAAAAUCUCAGUCCUCUGGCAUCACUAGCUAAUUUAGCUACAGACAAAAAGGCUGUCACAGAACUAUUGUCCUUGGGUAUUGGAAAGAAAUUGUCCAAUCUCCUUGCCCACAAAAAUCUUAAAAUUCAGGAAAUGGCUGCUGGCGUUUUUCGAAAUCUAAGCACAACUGGUGGAAUGGAUACAUGUUUGCGUUUGGUCAAAGAUGGACUUUUGAGUCAGAUUAGCAUUGCAUUAAAGGAGGACAUCCAACUGGCUCAGUCACUUUCCCAGGACAAAGAGGAAAUUAUUACCCAAGUUGUAAGUUCAAUGAAUCAGCUGUUGGCACUUUUGUGUAACUUAUGUGAGGCUUCUGAUGAAGCAAUGAAGCUUUUCAAUGAGGUGAAGUUGAUGCCAUCAUUGAUUGCUUUGUUCAUGAUGGAAAGAGCUAAACAUGAUCUCACUCUAUCUGUUGCUCAAUGUUUUGCUACGGUAACAGAGGAAAAUGACGAGGCAUUGAACUACCUUGCAAAUGAUCAAUCUUGUCUGGAUAAAAUGGUGCAAAUUUUGGUCAGCGUCAAAGAGACAAACAUGCACUGGCUCCUUGCAGCAACAAUAUCAGGCGUGUUAUUAAACGUGCGGAAGAAGCUGCAAGAUGUUCGAUGGAUGCAUGUUCUAGAUCUUGUGCUGCAGACCAUCGACGGCAUUCUGCAGGCCGACUGUCAGCAACCGCUGAAGGACAUCGUCUCUAGCACUUUUAAUAAUGCCAUGGUGGAAGACUGCACAUUUCUGCUGUCAGCAAAACAAACUAGUAUGGAAGUCCUCGCGAAUAUUGUCUUUCCUGAUGAUGGCGAAGAUGAGAUGGAGAUAUCCGAUGAUGACCCGGAUUAUUUUGAUUCAAAAGAGGAUCAAAACGAUUCCGAACCAAGCACUUACUGGAAUUGUGUUAAGCGGUUAAUUUUGUCGAAGGCAUUGGCAGAGAAGGUUUUCUUCUGCACGCAAUACGCUGAUCAACCAGAAAUGAUUUUGUUAAAGGAGAGGACAGAAACAAAUUGCUUGUACCAAUCGUUGGUGCGGAUUCAAAAGUCGGCCCUUUUUUGCCUGGGAAACAUGAUAGAUAACAGCUUGUGGUCUGAUGAUGUAAUCGUACAGAAUAUAUGGAAAAACUUUUCUGAAAGACUAUGUGCUAAUUUCGAAGCAUCUGAAAGUGAUCUACUUUUGGGGCUAACCACCUGCCUAAGAGCCAUUACUUUGCACAUUGCCGACUCCAAGUGCCAAAAUUUUUUAAAGAACGAGAAUAAUUUAGUGAAAAUGGUUGAAAGCUGGUAUCGGUCAACGAAGGAUCUGCAAAUUCGAUUCAAUUUGCUUAAGGUCUUUGGAGCCGUUGGGAAAAUAUUUUCAGAAAUUGAAGACGGAAAAGUGUACUUAGAGCAAAUUGCAACUGUUUUGUUUCAAGAACUAAAGCUGGAAAAUCCCUUGAUGAUUGUGGUUGAGGCUUUGGAUGCGGUUUUCGAUGCAUUUGGUGAAGACGGCGUUUCAGAUCACGUCCUGUCAGCAAGUGGCAUGGGCAGACAGCUUUGCCUUGUGGCUACAUGGAUAGAUCAAAAGAUAAAAAGUGAAAAACGUUUGAGCAGAGAAAAUAAGAAGAUCGCACGCGAUGCAAAGAUGAACUUGGAUAGAUUUAUUGAGUACAAGAAAUGUACCUGUUAGUCUUUGGUAACCCUGCUUUACAUUUGUGGUAUUCGCAAAACCAGUGACUGCCGAGUUUGCAAAAAUGGCCGCCCUUUCAAAGAUGUCAGACCAUGCUUUGAUAUUAGCCCAUUCAAAGAUUGCGGGCCAUGCUAAGAUAGCAGCCCAUUUAAAGGCAGCAUGCCAUGUCUAGAUGGCAACCUAUGCAAGUUUCGGGAAGCUUUCCACCUCGCUGUUUGGAGGCGCAAAGAGAUACGAAUUUUUCAAAUAUCCCGCAAUAAUUCUAAUUUCUUAUGCUGCUUAAGACAUGAGGGUUUUAGUUACACACAACUGAGGUAGAGCGAUCGUUUUUAGUUUUAAAAAAUUUUUAAAUGACUACCAGGAAAUAUACGAAGAAGCCACACAGUCAAAAUUGAUGCAUACCACGCAUCACCUAUUUUAGACGAAGGAGCAAUUUUACAACAUAUUCAUUCUAUUAUCCUUAAUUUCAUAAGACUUUAUUGAACUACAACAGUGUAAUUUGAAGUUUGACCGUGCUAAGUUACAACUGGAGCCUUCUCGCACUCUAUUUUUAGAAACGUAAAGAGUAGCAAUAGGCCGUGUUUAUUUUAACGUCAUAUUUCCUAAUGUGUCAGCAAAA